UUUAAGUAGUUUCGAUUGACAUUUAUCGUUUCCACAGAACAAACUUUCAUUGACACAAAAUGUUAUGAAAACAACAAAUGGUUGUUAAGCUCCUGAGCAUUAAUUGCUGUGUUAUGGCAGCUUGUAAGUUGUAAUCUCUGGAGGCAUUUGCCUGUGGUAAUUAGCUGACCGAAUUAAUCGCUUCAGAUGCUUAACAAAACGUAACCAUUACGCAUACGCACUGUGUUCGCAUCGCAAGUAAGGUCAUGUAUUGGUCGCAUUGGUUGCUGGGAGUGUUCCUGCUGAUGGCAUUUCAACUGUUGGUCGAUGGUUGGAAUUUAAGGUACAUUACCGGACUGUUGAUGCCGUUCCAAAAGAUGAUUCAGUUUCAGGAAAUUGUGUGGUUUAUCAGCCAAGAGCUUCACACAGAGCACACGGAGCAAAUGGACCGGUUCAUUCGCAUAAUGGCAGAUUCCUAUGGCAUUACUCAGAUUGUCGUCUACAACAACUCAGAGAUGCGAAUGAUUCGAUCCUCUGCCAAGCGUAAUCACAUGAGCAUUGUGUUCACCACCGGAGUCGAAGAUCCAAUUAUGAAGGUGGUCAACAAAGUGCUGCUGGCCAGGCACUAUUACUUCAGUGUAUUUAUGAUGAUGGAUAAGAUUGGAGACAUGGAGCCUGUCUAUGAGAUGUGUCGCUUUCUAGGCGAGUAUCAGUUUGAGAAUUCGCUGCUGUAUUUCGAAUCGAUGGAUGGAAGUAAUCAGCUCUUUGGCACCGCAAGAUAUCCCGCAAAGCAAAUUGAGAAUCGCACAGAUCUCAAAAAGUAUUUCCAACGUAAACGCAGGGAAAUGGUUAACGCUCAAAUGGAUGUGAGAGGCUUCAGUUUUGCGACACCAUUGCGAGAGGACGCCCCACAUUUAUUCGAGGUUGGCGGUCACUAUGAGGGGAGCACCUAUCGCAUCAUAGAAACAUUUGUUCAGCAUCUCAACGGAAGCUUCACUAAGCUGGAACUACCCAAGGAUGCACUUGGCGGUCAGGUGAUUAAUAUGAAGCUAACCCUGGAGCUGGUUCGUCAACGUCGCAUUGAGUUCUCCGCCCAUGCCUACGCGCUCUUCCGGUCCGACGAUGAACUGGAGAAGAGCUAUCCGCUGCUCGUAGUGCGCUGGUGUUUAAUGGUUCCGCUGUACAACAAGGUCUCCACCUAUUUGUAUGCUGUGCAGCCCUUCUCUGGUGUCGUGUGGUUCUUCGUGGUUGGCGCUUUUGUGGCUCUGCUGUCACUGGAGCUACUCUGGAUUUGGCUGUCCUCAGAGAGUGCUGCAGAAUCUUUCAUUGCCGCCUUGCUCAACUCUUUCUGCUACAUCAUCAAUAUAGCAACAGGUCGACAGUUGAUGCAGCCAUCAAUACUGCGAAUUCUGCUUUUAGUCACCGUCUUUUUCCAUGGCUUCUUCUUGUUUGCGUACUACACUUCGACACUUGGCAGCAUUCUGACUGUGAAUCUGUUUCAUGCUCAGCUCAACACAAUGGAGGAUCUGGUGGAGGCGCAACUGCCAGUUAUGAUUAUCGACUAUGAAUUGGAGUUCCUUUUGGAAAUGCAGUCAGAUCUUCCGACGGAGUUUCGGAAACUUCUACGACCUGUGGACAGCGGAGUCUAUGCUCAGCAUCAGAUGGCUUUCAACAGCUCGUAUGCUUACUUUGUGACCGAGGAUACUUGGCAAUUUUUGAAUGAACAGCAGCGGCACUUGAAGCAGCCUCAUUUCAAGUUUAGCGACAUUUGCUUUGGUUCUUUCCACCUUGCCUAUCCCAUGCAGAUGGACUCAUCCCUGUGGAGGGACCUCGAGUACUACACAUUUCGCGUGCACUCCUCUGGGCUGCAUAAUUAUUAUGCCAAAAUCAGUUUUGAAUCUGCAUUGCGGGCGGGAAUUGUGCAGCGCUUGCAGGAGAACAAGGAGUACACCUCAGCGGGACUGCAACAUCUUGCGAUUGCAUUUAUUUUCCUUCUGACCAUGGCUGCAAUUGCGAUUAUAAUCUUCUGCCUUGAGCUAAGUUGGGCGCGUAUUUUACGCUCUGUCAGUGACAAUUUAAAUAUUUAAAUUAUUGUCAACUGGUGACAUUUUAGCAAAGACCAAUGAAUAUGAAAUAUAGAAGAGACCUUUUCGCGAAAAAACGUAAGUGACAAACCCCAAACUUUAAAGGAGAACUUUUUUCAAAGUUUAUGUAUUAAUUCAUGAUGUGGUUAGGUCCCAGAUGUUAUACUCAAUACUUAAUUAGCUUUUACCCAUAUUUUCCAUUUAGUAAUGCUAUAAAAAAAGCAAAUGAACAAAGCGUUGCUUACGUUUCACGGGAAUUGCUCGAUAUAACAUAACAUGAACGUUAAAUAAAUACACAACGAGCUCUGGUCGCACCUCUACUUGAAUAAAAUAUUUAUUUAACCAGAAAUUGUAAUCGUUCUUCAUCAAUGGCA